AUGACAACCUACACACCAAGCAAGUCGUCGAAACCGUCGAUAUCAAUCUUCCCAAAUCACAAAUUCUCCAAGAUCGACAGGAACAUCUACAGUGGUUUCACCGAACACAUGGGACGAUGCAUCUACGGAGGGAUCUACGACCCUUCCAACCCUAACAAGCACCUGACCACCCCCGAAGGGUUCCGCAAAGAUGUCCUCGAAGCCCUCCGGCCACUCUCGAUCCCGGUAUUUCGCUACCCCGGCGGCAAUUUCUGCGCGACGUACCACUGGCAAGACGGGAUCGGACCGUUGUCUCAACGUCCCUCCCGGCCCGAGCUUGCCUGGGGAGCCGUCGAGACCAACCACUUUGGAACCGACGAGUUCAUGUCGUGGUGCGACGCCGUGAAGGCAGAACCCUACCUCUGUCUCAACUUUGGCACGGGUACUCUCGACGAGGCACUCGCCUGGGUCGAAUACUGCAACGGCACGAAAGACACGUACUGGGCGAACCUGAGGCGCGCCAACGGCCAUGCCGCGCCUUACAACGUCAAGUACUGGGCCCUGGGUAAUGAAAUGUGGGGUGAUUGGCAACUCAACCAGAUGACGGCUUCAGCCUACGCCGACCGUGCGUGGCAGUGGGCAAAAGCACUCAAACUCCUCGACCCUUCCAUCGUUUUGAUCCUGUGCGGCAAAGAAGGUCCGACCUCUUGGGAUUACCAAGUGCUCAAACAUUGCCUGAGGCCUGCGGGACUCAGUGACCUCGGCGAGACUCAAACCCCCCUGAUCGACAUGCACAGUAUCCACCUGUACACGGCCAGCGAGGACCACUACGAAAACGUCACCGGCCCUCUGGCCGCCGGACGCUCCAUCGAGGUCUGUUCAAGCCUGAUCGACCUGGCCUUUGUCGAAAAUGGACUCCCCCCGACUCAAAACAGACCCAAGAUUUGUUUCGACGAGUGGAACGUUUGGUCACCCCCACGAGCCCCCGGGAGUAAAGGGGCAGAGGAGGAAUACACGCUCUCCGACGCCCUCGCCGUGGCCGUGUGGUUGAACGUCCUGGUCCGCAAUGCCAAAGAUCUGGGUAUGGCCUGCAUAGCCCAGAGCGUCAACGUCAUCAGUCCGCUCAUGACAACCGAGACCGGAAUCGUGAAACAAACCACCUGGUUCCCCUACGAGUUGUUCUGUCGCUAUAUGAAGGGUCAUACUGUAGCGGUACACCUUGAGUGUGACGAGUACACGGGACCGACCAAACCGAAAUGGGUGAGAGCAACUAAAGAAACGCCCUGGAUGGACGUCAGUGCCACGGUCGACGACGACGAAGGCUACGUGACCGUGUGCGUGGUGAAUAUGCAUCUAGAAAUGGACUUGUCCACAAAGAUAAACGGCACGGCGGGAGCAAAUAUUCACGUGUUUUCAAUCACAGGGGCGAAUGAUAAAGUCACAAACAUGGCUGGUAAAGAAGAGGUCGGGAUCAAAGAGUCGGAAUGGGAUUCGAGUGCAAACGCAGAGUUUGUCUUUCCGAGAUGUUCUAUCACAAUGUUGAGGUGGAAUCAAAAAUAG